CCUAUCUACAUGUAGCUUUGUCUAACCAUACCCUGCGGUAAGGUUUGUGGUUGCACAACUUGCAUUGAAACAAAAAGUCACAAUGACAGUCAAUGACCGACCCCAAGAUUGAAUGAGAUGUCCUUCCGUUUGAAGCGAUCAAGAAAUAUGAGGCACCAAGACCAACCAAGCAACCUCACGACCAUCCCCUCUUGCUAGCUAGCUUCCUGUCCUGACCAAAUGGAUCUGGCCUGAAGAUCUCACAAUGGUAAAACAAAGUCUCCACGAACAGCGAAAGCAGGAAAAGGCAUUAUUGAAAGAAAAACAAAAAGAACAAAAAGAAGUGAAUAUCAUGGCGGAACGAGUCCGACAGCAACGGCAAUUGCAAGAGGCAGCUCGAGCCCAAGUGGAAUCGAAAGCGGCGUUGGACGCGUCCCGGCAAGCCGCUCGUCUUCAUGGAAUGGCUCGUUUGGUCUUGACGCUGUUGGCCGUUGUUUUCAUGGCGGCCUUUUCUUUCUUGAGAGAAGGACGCGUCUUGAUGAAAUCGUCCGAUGCCACGACAGUCCACGACAAGCAUGCCGCCAUUAGUAGUUUGCUGCAUGAUUACACCAUCAACAUGAGUGCCUUGGCCAUGCCAAAUUUGGAACCGUUUGACAUGUCCAAGUACGACGCGAUCCACUUGUACCAUGUUCGAAAAGCCGGUGGUUCGACCAUUCGAAAAUACCUCGAAAAUGUCGCCAAGCACCAUGGACUCAAGUACUCGGUCAAUGAAGGGUACGGCUACCGCGGAAAACAACAUCGUAAUAGAACACUCAUGAUUACCAUGGUUCGAGAUCCCCUGGCGCGAGCCGAGUCUUCGUAUUGGUUUGAAGGAACGGUCAAUGCCAGCAAUCCACACAGUUUUCGGGAUUGGGUGGAAAAACGAAAGGAUUACCAUGAAUUCAUGGCCGAUGGACGAGGCUACUUUGUCUGGCAAUGCGCGUCCAACUGCAUGACCAAAUGGUUUUCCGGCACUGUGCCAGGAAAUCUCACCAAAGCCAAACACGUUCUCGAGCAUGACUUUGAUCUCAUUAUUCAACAAAAUCGAAUGGACGAUCCUCGCUACAAGCGAUGGAUUUCCUUUCUGUUGGAUGCACCAGAAGUCAAGUUGGAUCACAGGAAUCCAUCCCGAAGAAAUCAUGUACCCAGACUGGCACAAGCAGGGCCUACUCCAGAAGAUCGAGAAUACUUGAGAGAAAUCAAUCAAGAAGAUUUGGAACUGAUGGAUCACAUUUUGCCAAGACGAAAUGAUCUGGAUGGGUACAUCUAUUAGUUUGUCAGUCAGUCAGCCAGUCAGGCAAUCAAAUGAGGCGGUGGGCAGUAAUAGACUUUUGUGGUGCUUGGAGGGAUGGAUGGAUGCAGCUACAAUACGGUACUAACCUCAAGAUGGAUGUCUUUAGGGGACGGAUAGGAUUAUCGGUUCCCAUCCAUCACAGGCAGGCUGGCAAACAUACCCAUGCGGUACAUUUAUUUGUGCCUGCCAGUGGAGACGCAUUUAAGCCAGUGUCUCCCGCUCCCUUUGGCCAUGCGCACGCAUCCUUUCGAAUGGUCCUUUGGCUGUAUGUUUCUUGAAUCAAUCAAUCGUUUUGAAUCUAGCUUGCUAGUAGCUAUAGCUUUGGUGGCCGGUUGCGCCAGAGGACAUCCAGCCCCCCCCCCCCCAAGAAUACCAGUGUGCACCUUUAGAAUAAUAAACCUAAACUAAUGACUAUUGGGGG